AAUCAACGAUAUCGCCUAAAAUCUCCGAGUGUCUAAAAAAUCAAAACAAAGCCGGUUUUUAGUGAAAAUAAAUGAAAAUUCCCUGAAAAUGCCCACGAUUUUGGCAAUUGAUGUUUCUCUAUCAAUGUCGCGGAGUGUUUCCAUUCAAGGAGGUGAUAUAAUUACGUAUCAUCAGCUGGCAAUUCAGGCUAUAAAUCAAUUCCUAGAUCAUCUUUUGGCGAAUCAUUCAAAGCUAGAAUUUGUAUCUUUGAUCGUCUAUUCCUCCCUGUAUGAGGUUGUUGUGGAUUUUACACGAGACUACGAUGUGAUCCGCAAAGCACUGACCAAACUUGAUCACUACGACAAGACGUGCCUGGAGAAUGUUUUGCAUGCGAUAAAUAACAUUCUCCUGACGAAUUGGGGCACACAGAGUCACUGCCAGAUUCUCUGUUUCACCGACUGUGGCCUCGGAUUUGGCUCCACAUCCCUGGCCAAUGUCAUCCAGAGGGUUAUGAGUACGAAGCAACCGCUUCCCUUCAUCCCGCCGAGCAAAUUGAAUUUUAUUUGCCUCGGAAGUACGUUGGAUGCUCAAUUUUUUGAAGCCACAAAAAUGUAUCAGAAACUCCUGGAUAUAAGUGGGCAGAAAGGGCAACUGUUCAUCCCGAAAGCACUGGAGAAUGUGGAAUUUGUGAAGAUAAAGAAGGAAGAUAAGUACGGAGCAUCAUCGAAGGACGAUGAAAUUGUCAAAGUGGAGAUUCCAAUUGGGCCGGGGCUCACGCGACAGAGUGUCCGGGAGAUGAUGGAGCGUGUGUGUGAGACAAACUACCGGCAAUUUGAUGCAAUUCUGAACUGUGGCAGUUACUUCAAGCUCGAAUGCCCCGUACUCAUUUGGCCACCACCCCUUCCCUACACAUCAACGGAUGCCUUUGGGAUGGAGAGCACGCGGCACAUCUCGCGGAAGAUUGAGGUUUGUGGCUUUAUCAGUAUUUCGGACAUUGGAUCACCGAUGUCGGUGAGUCGGCACUUGCUGAUGCCGAAGAUGGAGGAGAAGGUGGCCGCGGGGAAGAAUGAGAAGAUUCUCAGGGGUGCUGGGAGACAGGCAGGGGAGUACCUGACGACGGAUUAUGAGCGCCUGGAGAUGGAGAUUAAGAAUUUCUACGCGAAAGGUGAUACCAAUUCCGACGAUGAGGGUUCCAGUCAAGUGGCUGUGAAUGAAUCCAUGAAGGAAUCAAUCUGUGUCCUCCUCCAUGGGGCGCUAAAGAUUGAAAAUAUGGCUGCACUUGUCCUCCUUGGGGACAAUUGGUACGGGUUUGUCUACUCGUAUGCUGAUAGCAAGAAAAAGUCAAACAUGGUACUGACGAUACUCCCUCCGGGAGCUGAUGUUGUACCCUGGUUGGGGGAUCUCCGGCAUUUGGGCACAGUGGAUGAUCUCCUUCCGGGGGAGACAAUCACUGGGUUCCCCGUGAAGCCAGACAAGAGGAGUUACUCGCAGAAUUGCGUCGUGUGGAUUAAGCAAUCAGGCCUCCAGUCGGACAUUCAGAAAGUCCUGCGGCAUGCAAAGAAGCUCCCCGAGAAGAUUCAGCAUUUCUACAAGGAGCUCAAUCGUAUCCGCCGAGCAGCUCUCUCCUUGGGCUUUGUGGAACUCCUCGAGGGGCUGGCGUGUAUUUUUGAGCGUGAAAUACCCACCCUGCCGCCCAAUGCGAGCCCCGAUUGUGCCCUGCAGCUGAAACAUGCCGCCAUGGAGCUGAAAAAGUUCAACUUGAGUCGGGACAUGAAGCACUCAAUUGUGCCCUAUCCCACAAAGUACAACCAAUAAAAAAUGGUCAGGGCAUGAAUUCUCCAAGAGGGAAAAACUCCCGUGAUAAACUCCUCCGGGAAAAUCUUACGGGAGUUUAUCACGGAUGUAUUAUUUUUCUUAGUGGAUCAUACGUGAAGUUUUCCUCACUUUUACCCUGCAAAAAGCCUUCGGGAGUUUAUCACGAGAGUUUUUCACUCCUAGAGAAUACAGCCCCAGGAGAGGUAAAGGAAUCACUAAAUUAGUAUACAUUUUCUCACAAAUAUUCUCUCAAUAAAUAAAUUGUCAAUAUAGGAAAA